AGACCUGAGAGGAGAAACAUCAAAACAUCAAAACAUCAUCGUCCUGCUGCAUGUUUCCACUUUUGUUCUGUCAGAUGGUGAUGCAGUGUCUGGUUUGUAAAUGCAUUUGUUGAACUGUCAGAAUGAAGAGUUUCCUCAGCUCCAGAUCCACUUCUGCUGCCUCCAAUCAACAGAAAAUACGACUCUCCAAACGAGAACUAGAACAGUUGGUUGAACAGGAGGUUGCCAGUGCAGUGAAAAAGAAGGAGAACAGUCUGGAUGCACUGAUAGAAAAUAUUCAACAACAACUGGAUCAGGGAAUGAACUAUGAGUCCUCCAUCAAAACACUGCAGAUGCAAAUGAUGACAGUAGCUCAAAGAGCAGAACGGGCUCUCGCACAUAUAGCACAGAAUCCAACACCUCCUCUUGGUGAUACGAGUAUGGUCCAGUCAUCUUUAACAACGGACAGCAUUAAAGCAGAACCACAACACCUGGACAGUGUGGAAGUCUCCAGUGUCUGUGAGUUUAUGGAAAGGACAAAGAAACAGUUUGAGCAUCUUCAUGCAGAAAAUGCAGCUUUGAAAGCAGCUUUUGAAGAUAUCAGAGAGCGGACAACUCCAUCUCCUACAAUCAACACCCGGCAACCAAAUGGGGUGUUUGAGGUAUUGGCAAAACUUAUCAAAAAGGAACCAGAGGAGCAUCCAGAAGACCCCUGCUCUUCAACCCCAGCCUCAUUGAAGAGGAUGAAUGAGGAAUCCUGCUCUCCUGAAGUGGGCAGGCAUCCCAAGAGGAUCAAGAUUGAGCCGAAGGAGGUGCCAUACCCUCCUCUACCUGUGCUCCCCUUCCCCUCCUCUUUACCUCCAGAGGCCGCUACGUACAGCAUCCCCCCCAGACUAAAGGUGGAUUUAGCCCUGAUCAAAAACCCCACCCCUCAGCUGUCUCUGGUCUGGACCCUGGAGGAGGACGAGCCCAAUGUCCCGCCCAUGGACACCUACAGCAUAUACACCUCUACAGAAGUAGCUGUUGGCAGUGGUGUGUUCGACGUGUGGGAGAAGUUAGGAGAGCGUCCGGCGGAGCCCCUCCCCAUGUUCUUCUCAUACAUCAAAUUCAAACCCGGUCACAAGAUCUGUGUGUCUGUGAUCGGCAAAGACGUGUUUGGACGCUAUGGACCUCACAGCAAAGUGGCCUGUGUGUAUUUAUGAUGAUGUGAAAUUUGAAAUGCUCGCUAAUAGGAUUCUUCAUAAUGAAUUUUUAAUUAUUAUUAUUAUGUGAAUGUUUUUUAAUGUCAAUAAAAACAUGUUUUUAGUGUAUACAAAUACACCUCACCUACUAAUGUUUAGGAAAUACAUUGCUGCUAAAACACUAAGUGAAAGUUUUUGUUCAUUUCAAUAUCAAUCCUUGAAACAAUUGUUGUAGUUUGGGCUUUUUAGGUACCAAUAUGAAAUGUGACCUUGGUACAGCUGGUAUGGCCAUGGAUUUUAAUUUCAAAAGUCACUGAUCUGCUCUCUCUAUGAAAUAAACACUACUGUCUCCAAUACUUGGUUUAUAUACUAUACUUGCAGCCAAAUGGGAUGAAUGGGUGUUUAAUAGUGCAGAUGACCCACAUUUUUCACAUUUUAUUAUUGGAUGUAAAUUAUAUGUUCAUGUAUUAAUCUUUAUGGAAAUAUGUUCUCUAAGUAAAUAAAGUCAUAUCUGAUUU